AUGGCAGCUCUCAUCGUCGAGAACUUCCGCUUUCUAUCGCUCUUCUUCAAGAGCAAGGAUGUGAUGAUUUUCAAUGGGCUGGUGGCACUGGGUACGGUGGGCAGCCAGGAGCUGUUCUCUGUGGUAGCUUUCCACUGCCCUUGCUCGCCAGCCAGGAACUACCUGUACGGGCUGACAGCCAUUGGUGUGCCCGCCCUCGCACUCUUCCUCAUUGGCGUCAUCCUCAACAACCAUACCUGGAACCUGGUAACUGAGUGUCAGUACCGGAGGACCAAGAACUGCUCGGCUGCCCCCAACUUCCUCCUUCUGAGUUCCAUCGUGGGUCGUGCGGCCGUGGCCCCCGUCACCUGGUCUGUCAUCUCCCUGCUGCGCGGUGAGGCCUAUGUCUGUGCUCUCAGUGAGUUCGUGGACCCCUCCUCGCUCACGGCCGGGGAAGAAGCCUUCCCGCGAGCCCAUGUCACAGAAAUCCUGGCCAGGUUCCCUUGUGGGGAGGGCCCUGCCAACCUGUCAGGCUUCCGGGAGGAGGUCAGCCGCAGACUAAAGUAUGAGUCCCAGCUCUUUGGGUGGCUGCUCAUGGCUGUGGUGGCCAUCCUGGUGUUCCUGACCAAGUGCCUCAAGCAUUACUGCUCGCCACUCAGCUACCGCCAGGAGGCCUACUGGGCCCAGUACCGCAACAACGAGGAGCAGCUCUUCCAGCGCACCGCCGAGGUGCACUCGAGGGUGCUGGCCGCCCACAACGUGCGCCGCUUCUUCGGCUUCGUGGCACUCAACAAGGAAGACGAGGAGCUGGUGGCCAAGUUCUCCGUGCAAGGCACACAGCCGCGGCCGCAGUGGAAUGCCAUCACCGGCGUCUAUUUGUACCGCGAGAACCAGGGCCUCCCACUCUACAGCCGCCUGCACAAGUGGGCCCAGGGUCUGCCGGGCAACGGCACAGCCCCGGACAACAUGGAGAUGGCCCUGCUUACCUCCUGAGGAUCCUGUUCCCACACUGCAAGUGACAAUCCUUGGUCCAACACUGAACUCCACUGCCUGCUCACAUCAGCCUCAGAUAUUGUUUUAACCAUAGCUUUUGGGGAAAAUAGACCAAGAGAAAGGAACAAAGUAAUCUGGGUACAGAGGAGACAGCUAGUACACAAGGUGGUCAGCUCUGACAGGAAGGCUCUCCGACCUGAAGAAAUUCCCUCCUGUCACCACCAGCCACUUGGUCAACGGCUUGGAGGAAAGACCCUUACUCAGAACUGGUCCUUAAUUAACUAUGUGGAUGACCUACGUGGGUGGGACUCUGAGGCUGAGAGGCUCUGGCCAGCAGAGCUAGGCGACAGUGAAACUCACCAGCAGGCUCACUGUAUAGGACACUGUGCGGUUAAUUUGUGUCUAACUGCGUAUGGACACCCAGCUCAGCAGUGCUCAGCUGGGAAGCUGCCCUUCAAUAAAGCGAAUGGCUUUAUUUUAUAUAUUUACAAUUUUU